CAUUCUCUAGAGACAGCAAGUAAUAAAAUGACAACAUUACCAACUGGUUAACAUACUCACCGUCACAAAGCGGAUAGACCAUGUCAUACCUUACUUACACGAUUUUACUUGCACUGUUCCAUCAACAAAUUGCAUCAAAAGCGGUUCCUGCCACCGCUGAAAAUAAUGGAACAAGUGUUUCAAACACAUCCGUGUCCGACUACUUUAUGUAUUUCGCUUAUGGCAGUAAUCUGUUGAAGGAAAGACUGCAGCUGAAGAAUCCAUCCGCGGUUUUUGUUACAACGGGCAGUUUGAAGGAUCAUGUGAUUCAAUUUGGAUACUGGAAGAAAGAGUUCAACAACACCAACUCUUGGCAUGGUGGUGUUGCUACUAUAGAAGAGUCCAAGGGAGAUGUGGUCUGGGGAGUGGUCUGGAAGAUGGACAAGGACAACCUCAUCAGUUUAGACAAGCAGGAAGGAGUGGGAAUAGGAUUCUACAGUCCACUAGACGUUACCAUUAACACAGACGAGGGAGAGGUCCUCUGUCGAACCUACCAGAUGAACAACUUCACACUUCACCAGACCUCGCCUCCAUACAAACAGGUUGUUUGUCUUGGAGCAAAACAAAACGGCUUACCUCUGGAUUACAUUAAGAAGCUGGAGGCAGUGGAAACCAACGGCUACAGCGGUCCGUCCAUUUUAGAUGACAUCACCGCAUUGAAACCUGCUGAUAAAGGAAAAAGCUUGUAGAUGGUACCAGAGGAACGAAGAUGAAAGAGAAAUCACUUAAUGUAACAACCUUAGAGGGAAAUUGACAUAAGACUCAGUUGUCUAAGUUCAAAUGUCCCUGUUGUACUCUUGUGCAACAAUCAGCUUAAGUAAAAAUGCAUUAGAGUAAAUAAAAUUAAAACUAAAAGUGGCACACUGGUAUAUAUUCCCAAAUGUUCUGUGUAAAAUGUGAGCCAGUCAUUUUAGAUGUGAUACCAAAUAAAUUGAAAAAUGAAUGACAA